UCCUAGCUGCUGGCUUCCACAUUUCUGCUGCUCCCCCUGUAUCCCACUCAAGCUUCCACUAGACCACCAGCCAGACCCCCAGCAGCCCCUCUCUGAUUAUUCAGCCUUUUUUUCUGACCAGUUGCAUGCAUUAUCUACCUCCCAAAAUGGUAUGCGAGUCGAAAAUCCUUGCUGACAAUCCCAGUACCCUAUCCUUAUCCCAGAGAGAUCCACUGGUCCUCUCACCCUCCCAUGUGUGGCCCUCUCUCCCCAGUGCACCCACUGCCUCAUCACUGGUACCCCCCAUCCCAGCUGGGGAGCAGGAGGUCACUAAGGAACAGCUUUACAUCAGAGAAUUUCAACCCAAGGACCAGGAGACUGCUAGAAGAAUAUUUCAUGAAGGGAUUAAAGAACGCAUUACCAGCUCAGCAUUUAGGGGGUUAAGGUACCAGCCCCUCCUUCAGUGCUUGUAUGCUAUUAUUACAGGUAAGUAGACAGGAGUUGGCUGUGCACUCUCUAGAAACACUUUUAUUUGCUGUGAUUUUUUUUCUUAUCAGGAUCCUGAUUAAAAUGAUGAUGGGAUCUGGACUCAGUGAUUCCUAUCAUGGGCUGUACCCCUGUACACUGCAAUGCAGGCCUCAUGUACACUGUCAGAUUGCACUUGUAAUUAAAACAUAUAAGUUAAUUGCUUUUUAAUGUGUCAUUGCAGACACCCAGGGAAAUGUGAAAAAGUCAUGGCUAUUUUUUGCUGUUUAAAUAAGGAUACACCUGCAUUGUUGUGAGAACUGUUAAGUGAUGCUAGAAUAUAAUGUCUCUCUAUGGAGUAUACUUAAUGUAAAUAAAUUAUCACAUUAUACUGAACUGGCAUAUAUCGCUGACUUAAUGCACCUCAUUGAUUUGUUAAACUGUCACCUCCCUCCAGAGUGUCCCAGAAAUGUCUUAUACCAUCCCAUUUUACUGAGUGAAGGUACACACUGUAUUGGCAAAUAGUAUUUUGAGAUUUUAAUGAAUAAAUGCUUGCACAUUGUAACUUUCUCUCAGCUGUUUCAAGAUGACGUUCCCCAUUCUUGUAUAUAACUACCCUCAUUCAAUUUGUAAGAUUUCAAACUUGGAUUGAACAUUCUAUAGCCCAGGAUACCCCAUGUCUACCCAAAUGUGCCCAGUCAGGUUAAUCAAUAUGUCCUUCCACACUGAAUUUUAUCAAGUAGUGUUUAUUCCUGUAAAAUAUAGUGGAUUAGUUUGGGCAGACUAGAUGGGCCGAAUGGUUCUUAUCUGCCGUCACAUUCUAUGUUUAUAUAUAUAUAUUUGCUUUUUAACAUUUGCUUUUUAAAAAAAACUAGUUAUUCGUGUAUGUUAUUAAGUAUGCAUUGGCAGGAGUACAAUGAAAACAAAAUCUGUAGAAUCUGAAAAAAGCCAUGACAAUUCACACUUUACUGAAUAACUAUGACAAAACCUCAUUCCAAUAGGUCACAAGACUGUGGUAUACAGUAAGGUUAAGUCCUAAAGACAACUACAUCAGUCACUCACUGUUAUAUAUUGAAGGCUACAUUAAGUCUAUACAUUGCGGCUGAAGCCAACUCUAUAAAUUAUUACCCAGAGUAUGCACAACAAAUGUAUUUCUCUUUCACUGUGUCUAUAGUUCCUUUUCAAAAUUAGAUAAACGACUUUCUUAACCAAAAAAUAAGUGCUAAGCCUUAAUUGUCAACUCACAAUUAGACCCAGCGAUCUCUGCAGAAAAUCACAUCUAUAUGGAUAUUUGUAUUAAUGAAGUAGUUAUUACGCGUUGCUAUAUAUAAGUAUAAUAUGUAUAAUACAUAUAAUGUCUUGUUGUAAUGGAAGUGGGUAGACUUAGACGCUCAUUUUGGUCUGAACUGCAAAUUCGUCCGAAUUUAGGCCGAAUCGGGUGAUUGGUCAAAUUCCUGAACAUCAAGCCAAUCAAACCAACCGAAACCCGCAAUAGCUGAGCAUGUUUGUCUUCAUUUGCAAUUCGUUAUUCCACCGGAGGCAUAAAAAAAAAAGAGAGAGAUAAUUGAUGGCCAGGAAGAAGUCAAUAAAUGUUGAUUUUAUAUCACAGAUCAAGUGAGAAGUGACCAAUGGAGUGGGAAAAAAAAAGCAGUAAAAAAAAACCCAGACUAUAUUUAUAUAUAGUGUAGUACACUGUAGUACCUAUCCUGAAAAAACCUCUCUCAAUCCGUCCUCUCCUUCUCUAACUAUCAUCCCAUAUCCCUGCUCCCUUUUUCCUCAAAGCUUCUGGAAAGACUUGUCUUUACAUUUAUGUCUCACUUCCUCAAUUCCAACUCUCUCCUUGACCUUCUUCAAUCUGGCUUCCACCACCUCCACUCUACUUAGACUGCUCCUAUCAAAGUUACUAACGACCUAAUCACAGCUAAAUCAGAAGGCCACUACUCCAUACUAAUUCUUCUUGACCUCUCUGCUGCCUUUGACACUGUUGAUCAUGCUCUCCUUCUUCAAACUCUUCAAUCACUCAGUCUCUGUGACUCUGUCCUAUAGUGGUUUUCCUCUUAUCACUCCCAACGCUGAUUCAGUGUCUCCUUUUCUAAUGAUACCUCCUCCCUUCAUCCGGUCUCUGUUGGAGUCCCCCAAGGCUCUGUCCUUGGUCCCCUUCUAUUUUCUCUUUAUACUGUCUCUCUUGGAAAACUUAUUACCUCAUUUGGAUUCCACUACCACCUGUACGCUGAUGGCACCCAGAUAUAUCUCUCCAUCCCGGACCUCUCCCCUGCCGUCCUGCAAUGUGUCACUGCUCGCCUUUCUUCGAUCGCUCGCCUUUCUUCGAUCUCUGACUGGAUGUCCUCCCGCUUUCUGAAACUCAAUCUCUCUUAAAGUGAGCUCCUUGUCUUUCCUCCUCUUAAUACUGAUUCUCCUCUUUCGCUCUCCCCUCAAGUUAGUGGUAUCCACAUAAGUCCAUCCUUGCAAGCGCAUUGUCUUUGCGUCAUUGACUCUGGCUUCACCUUUGAGCCUCACAUCCAGUAUAUUGCCAAAUCCUGUAGAUUCCAUCUUAAAAACAUAGCCCCCAUCUGCCCCUUUCUUACACAAGAUGCAACUAAGGAGCUUGUCCAUGCUCUAGUAAUUUCCCCCAUGGAUUAGUGUAACCCUCUCCUAAUUGGUCUUCCCAAAAGCCAUAUUGCCCCGCUACAGUCUGUAAUGAAGGCUGCUGCCAGACUGAUUUUCCUCUAUAUUCAGUCCUCUCACACCUCACCCUUCUGUCAGUCCUUACAUUGGUUUCCUGUAUCCUAUAGGAGUCAAUUCAAAGUACUAACCCAUACCUAUAAAGUAUUGAACAAUUCUAGCCCCUCUUAUAUCUCUUCACUGAUCCAUAGGUAUGGCCCUUCGCGGUCUCUCUGCUCUGCUCCGAGGCCUUCUACUGUCCGCUGCUCGCACCCUUCCGGCCAACUCAUGCUUGCAGAACUUCUCGCGGGCGGCUCCCUUCCUAUGGAAUAGCCUGCCUACUGCCAUCAGACUCUUCCCUAGUCUUUAAUCGUUUAAGAAGUGCCUUAAAACCCAUCUCUUUAGGAAAGCUUAUGGCCUCCCAGAGUAACAUCUACCCCACAUACCUGUCUCUUGCUCUCUCCUAAAGGGCAGCACUCUACUCUCUCCUCCAGCAUUGCUUCACUCCCACCUUAUUUGACUGCUAUUUCCUGCCCUAAUGUGUUUUAUACCCCACCUCCUAUAGACUGUAAGCUCGUUUGAGCAGGGUCCUCUUCAACCUAUCGUUCCUGUAAGAUUUCUUGUAAUUGUCCUAUUUAUAGUUAAAUCCCCCUUCUCAUAAUAUUGUAAAGCGCUACGGAAUCUGUUGGCGCUAUAUAAAUGGGAAUAAUAAAUAAAUAUAUUAUAUAUUUAAUAAAUAUAUGUUUGGAUUUUUUUACUUCUCACUUAAUCUGUGAACUAAAUGGCGGGAAAAUCUGCCUGAUUCAUAUCCUGAAUAAGUUUCUUGGUACUGAGAUUCUGCUAAAAAAGUUUCUAAUUUUAGCAAAAAAAUAUUUGGCUGAACCAAAUUUUCUUGCUGUGCACAAGUGGGCAUAUUUGCUGUGAGAAAGUUACACAUCCCUAAAGACUCUGUUGUUCAAAUAUUUGCCCUACACUGAUUGCCUUGUACUGCCAAAAUAGCACUGAUGCAUCGAGGCAUGGACUCUACAAGACCUCUGAAAAUGUCCUGUGGUAUUUGGCACCUAGAAAUUAGCAGCAGAUACUUUAAGUCUUGCAGAUUGCAAGGUGUGCUUCCAUGGAUCAGAUUUGUUGUACCACCACAUCCAUAGAUGCCAAAUCGGAUUGAGGUUUUGGGAAUAUAAAGGCCAAGGGAACACCUUGAACUCUGUUAUGUUACUCAAACCAUUCAUGAACAAUUUUUGCAGUGUGGCUGGGUGCGUUAUCCCGCUGAAAGAGGACACGGCCAUCAGGGAACACCAUUGCCAUGAAGGGGUGUAUGAGACCUGCAACAAUCUCUAAGUAGGCGAUAUGUGUCAAAGUAAUAUUCACGUGAAUAACAGGAACCAAGAGCUUUGCCCAGAGUAUAACAUACACUGGCAUGCCUUCUUCCCAUAGUGCAUCCUGCUGCCAUCUUUUCCCCAGUUAACGAUGGACACGUACCUGGCCAUUUGCAUGAUCUAAAAGAAAACGUGAUUCAUAGGACCAGGUAACCUUCUUGCUCCAUAGUCCAGGUCUGAUGACCAUGUCCCCAUUGACCCCUUUAAGGACACAUGACAUGUGUGACAUGUCAUGAUUCCCUUUUAUUCCAGAAGUCUGGUCCUUAAGGGGUUAAAGGCGCUUUCGGUGGCCAUCAUGUCCACUCUUAUUGAUCUGGGGCUACACCCAUGUGCAGCAAACUGUGAUGCACUGUGUGUUCUGAAACCUUUCUACCAUGACCAGCAUUACAUUUUUUAGAAAUUUGAGCUACAGUAGCUCUAUUGUGUGAUCGGAUCAAACGGGCAAGCCUUCACUCUACCCACAUGCAUCAAGGAGCCUUGGACCCUUGUUCACCAGUUGUCCUUCGUUGCACCACUUUAAUAUGUACUGAAUACUGCAUACUAGAAAGUCCCCUUAGAAGACUUGUUGUUUUGCAGAUUCUCUGACCAAGUUUUCUAGCCAUCACUACUUGUCACUCAGAUCUUUUCGCUUGCCCAUAUUUCCUGCUUCCAGCACAUGAAACUCAAGAACUAACUGUUCACUUGCCUCCUAAAAUAUCCCACCCUUUGACAGGUGCCAUUGUAACAAUAUAAUUAAUGGUAUUCACUUCACCUGCCAGUGGUUUCAACGUUGUGACUGGUCAGUGUAUAUCCCGUCCCAGUUCUACAAUAAAUUGUAGGCUUCCCUGCAUGUCUACACCUAACUUGAUACCCUCUGUGUUCCAAAGAACAGAACAUAAAUCAUUCUGGGCCAUAUCAUUGUGAUGUAGUGGAUAAGGAACUGUUAUUUUUAUUUUAUUUUUAUUUAUUUUUAUUAUAAGUGCACAUCUGUGUAAUUGUUACUCAUUUAAAUGGGUGCCUGCUAUGUAAUGUAUGUCCGAGUCCAUUUAAUCCAACAUUUCACAAUUCAAUAAUCGAUUGAACUAGAACAUUUACUUAUAGCUGAGUUGGUUGGCAGUACUCCUUAGAGACUAUCAGAGGUAGAAGAAGUUCAGGUUUAAUGGUACUCUCAGAAAAUGAUUAAGAGAAUUUCUGGUUUAAUAUCAAGAGCAAUCUACAUAACAAUCAAUAGGAUGCUCAUGCUGAUUAAAUUUAGAAAAUUGCACUAUAAUUGUCACUGGUUUGCUAAUUUUCUGACACUCUUGAUUCAGAUACGAAGAUGUUGUUUUGGCAUAUAUCGUACUUCAUUUGAAGGGCUAAAAUUAACAGCACUUCCCUGAGCUGGAUAAUUUAUAUGUUCUGCUUUAUGUUAUUUUAUAUGACACAUCAAUAUUCAGUACUGUUGAAUACCAAGAGGAAGAAGGAACAGUCUGGUUAAAUACAGGGUAUGUUUGUAACAUGGCAUUUUUCAUGAUUGGAUGGAGAGCAGGAAAACAAGUCUCAUGUUCUGCACAUUAUUCUUGGUAUGUGCUGUUUGUAUGUCUCCUUUUACAUAGAUUGUAGUUCAACUUCAGAUUCAAACAGACUUAUUGAUUGUGCCGGAUUCCAUGGGACAGAAGUUCUCUGUGGCUUGGAAUCUCCUGCCAAACCGACAUUUGUGUUUCUUCAGGGAACUUCUUUUUCCAUACAAUCAAAAUACUGUAUCUUAACCCCUUAAGGACUGGACUGUUUUUGCGAUGUUGUACAUUUGCGACCAGGAAUAUUUUUACAUUUUUCUGGUGUUUGUGUUUGGCUGUAAUUUUCCGCUCUCUCAUUUACUGUUCCCAUACAAAUUAUAUAUUGUUUUUUUCAGGACAAAAGGGGCUUUCUUUACAUACCAUUAUUUAUAUAAUCUCAUGUAUUUUAAUUUAAAAAAAAUAAAAAAAUAUGAUGAAAAAUUGAAAAAAAUACAUGUUUUUUGACUUUUACUUGAAAAAUCUUUUACUCAUCUACAAAAGCGAAUGAAAAAAACUGCUAAAUAGAUUCAAAAUUUUGUCCUGAGUUUAAAAAUACCCAGUGUUUACGAGCUUUUUUGCUUUUUUUUGCAUGUUAUAGGGCUAUAGGUACAAGUAGGAUAUUGCGGUUUCAAAACAUGCAUUUUUAAAAUUUAUCAAUAGUGACAUUGUAACACUAUUAUCUGUCAUAAAUCUCUGAAUAACACCCCACAUGUACAUAUUUUUUUUAAAGUAGACAACCCAGGGUAUUCAAUAUGGGUUAUGUCCAGUCUUUUUUAGUAGCCACUUAGUCGAAAACACUGGCCAAUGUAAGCAUUCAUAUUUGUUUGUGUGUGAAAAAAGUAAAAAAACUAAAUUGAACGCUAAUUUUGGCCAGUGUUUGUGACCAAGUGGUUACUAAAAAAGACUGGACAUACCCCAUUUGCAAUACCUUGGGUUGUCUUCUUUUGCAAAUGGUAUGCCAUCAUGGGGGUAAUUCUCAUUCCUGGGCUACCAUACGCUCUCAAAGGCAACGUAACCAACCUGGCCAUUUUCAAUGUAAAAAUAUUUGACCCAUGUAUUUGACCUUGUAACUUUCAAAAAUGCUAUAAAACCUGUACAUGGGGGGUACUGUUUUACUCGGGAGACAUCGCUGAACACAUAUAUUAGUGUUUAAAAACUGGAAAACGUAUCACAACAAUUAUAUCAUCAGUAAAAGUGCUGUUUGUGUGUGAAAAAUGCAAAAAAAGUAACUUUCACUGACAAUAUCAUCGCUGUGAUAUGUUUUACUGUUUUGAAUCACUAAUAUUUGUAUUCAGCGAAGUCUCCCGAGUAAAACAGUACCCCCCAUGUACAGGUUUUAGGGUGUCGUAGAACGUUACAGGGUAAAAUACAGUGCUAGCAAAUUAAAUUCUCUGGAAUUUCGGCCUGGGUUGGCAGGCAGGUCCCUCAAAUUGCAAUCAAUAAAAUUACUGAAUUAUGUAAAAAUAUUACAUAAAUACGCACGUAGAAUUUAAAUAUAUAUGCAUAUUUAUAUAUUUGAAGUCUACGUGUAUAUUUAUAUAAUUAUUUAUGUAAUUUUGUAUAUGGACAUAUGUAUAUUUCGUAUUAUUUUUAUUUAUUUUUAUAUACAUAGAUAUAUAUACAAAUUCAUUCUAAGUGUAUUUUGAUAUAAAUAUAUAUAUAUUAAUUUUAAAAUACAGUUAGAAUAAAAUUUCAUAUAGCUAUAUAAUUUUUGUAAAAUUUUUUAUUAUUAUUUUUAAAAAAAUUUAUUUAAUUUAAAUUACUUAUUAUUUAUAUUUUAUAAUAAUAUAUAUAUACAAUCUAUAUAGUUAUUAUAUAUAUUAUAUAUAUACGUGUGUAAUUUAAUUAUAAGUGUAUUUUUAUAUUAAUAUAAGUACAUAUUAAUAUAAAAAUACACUUAGUAUGGCAUUAUAUAUAUGAUAUAUAGACAUAUAUUAUAUAAAUAUAAUAUAUGUCUAUAUAUCAUAUAUACACAUAUAUAAUUAUUAUUAUUUUUUUUAUUAACAUUAACUUUUUUUUAUUUUUUUAUUUUACACUAGCAGGGAGACUGCCUGUCAGCACAGGCAGUCCCCCUGCAGGCAGACACUAGGACACCCAUUGUGACCAUGUGAUCGCUGUGUUAAGCGAUUACAUGGCCCCAGGGGUCCUAAAUCAGUGUGGGGAGACUGUCUGGGCUGCAGGCAGUCUCCCCACACCGGGAGCAACGCUGAUCGCCGCCGGGGGAACGACGGCGAUCAGGUAAGUAACGGAAACCGUUAGGACGGUUCAGGACCGUCAUCGGUCCGCAAUGGGAAAAUCCCGAUGACGGUCCUGAACCGUCCUCGGUCGGGAAGGGGUUAAAACAAAGCAAGUAAACUAAUCAUGUAACAAGAAAAAAUGUAAACAAGUCUGUGUUUUAGGUUAGCCCCUGUCAGAGCCGGACUGGGAAAAAAAUUCGUCCCGGGCAUUUUUCAAUCACAGCGGCCUCCUGAGAGGAGCGUGUUUGUUCAAUGUGCAGAGCCCUGCUGAAGAGCUCUAGCAUGGGAAAAAGGCCCUGUAUUUGUUCUGCACAGCGCAAGCAAAUUUAAUAACAUGCUUGCGCUGUGUUUGCUUUUAACUUUUCUCUGGUGUCUCCAUAAGUGGGAUACCAGAGGACAAAAGGGCCAGGAAAGCGUAUGGUGCAUAUGUUUGGAGCCUGCUUGUGGGAUUGCGUGUGUGUAGAGUGAGCUGAUUGUGGUGUGGUAUUGUGUAAUAGGUCGAAUUCAUUCAUGUUUGUGGUGUAAUAUGUGUGGCUAAGGGCUGUAGAGAGUGUGUGUAUAGGGGGCAUAGUGUGUAUAGAGGAUGUAGCGAGUGUGUGCAUACGGGCUGUAGUGUUUCUGUGUGUGUGUGUGUAGGUGACAUAGUGCGUGUAGGUGUGUGUUUAGAGAUUGUAUGAUGUGUUUGCUUACAAAGAAUGUUGUGUGUGCAUAGAGGAUCCAGAGUUUGUAUGUCAGGAAUGUAGUGUGUGUAGGUGGUGUAGUGUGUGUGUGUGUAGGGGAUCUAGUGUGUAAAGGACCCAGAGUGUGUAUAGGAGAUUGUGUGUGUGUGUGUGUGUGUAUAGAGGAUUUGGAGUGUAUAUAGGGAUCUAGUGUGUGUGAAUUAGAUGAUCCAGAGUUGGGUAAGGGAUCUAUCGUGUAUCUGAAGCAUAAUGUGUGUAGUGGUGCAGUGUUAGGGGUGCUGUGGUAUAUAUACAUAUAUGUUUGGAUGUAUUGUAUGUGUGAAGGGCGCAGCGUGUUGGGUGUGCUGUGUGUAUGUAUGAAGGAUGCAGUAUGUGUGUGUGUAAGGGGUGCAGUGUGUGGCUGUUCUUAUCUGCCGUCACAUUCUACGUUUCUAAUUUUCUUUGUCUGUUUACUCACUGAGGGUUAUUUUAUAUAUUAUAUAUGUGUGUUUGUGUGUGUGUGUGAGGGUGCUGUGUGUGUAAUGGUGCUGUGUGUAAGGGUGCUGUGUGUGUGUGUGUGUGUGUGUGUGUGAAGGUGCUGUGUGUGUGUCUGAGGGUGGUGUGUGUGUGUGUGUGUGAGGGAGCUGUGUGUGAGAGUGCUGUAUGUGAGGGUGCCGUGUGUGUGACGGUGCUGUGUGUGUCUGAGGGUGCUGUGUGUAUGAGGGUGCUGUGUGUGUGUGUGUGCGUGUGUGUGUGCUGUUAGUGUGAGUGUAAAUAUGUUUGGAGGAAUUGUGUUUGGGGGGACAGAUUUAAAUAUAUUAAAUAUGUACUUUUUUAAACUAAAACAAAACAAAACUUUAUAUCCCCCCUACCUUCUUACCUUUAGCCAGGGAGGGGGGCUGUUCUGCAGUCCCUGGUGGUCCUAGUAGUGAGUGAACUCUAGCCUGCGGGGAUAGAGUUCACUCUCACGACAUCUGAUUAUAUUAUCAUAUAUAAAUGUACAUUAAUAUAUGUGUAAAUAUAACAGGCAUAAUUAUAUAUAUAUAUAUAUAUAUAUAUAUAUAUAUAUAUACUAAUACACACAUGUCAUAUACCAGUGGCAGAUCCAGAGCCUGAUCCUGGGAGGGGCACUUGUAGAUUAUUUAAAGAAAUAAUCCAUGCACAAUAACCACUACUGCUCUGUGUAGUGGUUAUGGUGCCAGGAGUGCCGGGACCCCCUCCCAGAGUAAGUAGUCAAACCGUUUAAGAACAGUUUGACAACUGACCUGGGGUCUGCUGGGGUCCCACUGUCUCUUUCCCUGCGUCUAUUUAUUCCCUCUCUGUUUUAUUUUUCCCCCUCCCCUUGUGUCUCUCUAUUCCCUUUCUUCUCCCUCCCAUUUACCGAGAGAAGUCAGAGGAGGCCGGCCGCGUUCCACGCUGGAGCCGCCAAGCCAGAUGGCAGCUUCGCCAUUCUGGUGGCACUCCUGUCACCAAUGCUGAGAACUGAAGGAGGAACAUGUCUAUCAUGCUCCCUAGCGGUUUCCACAUUUCCCAGCACAUCUUACAGUGCUGGGAAUUGUGGGAACUGCGAGAGAGCAUGAUAGAGAGACAUGCUCCCUCCUCCUUCAGUCCUCAGCAUUAGUGACAGGAGUGCCGCCGAACCGGUGAGGCUGCCACCCGGCCCAGCAGCUCCAGCGCGGCCAGCCCCCCAGAGUGUGCCAGCGGACCGGCCACCCGGUGGCACCUACCCGCGCAGCCCCCAGAUACAUGAAGGCACACAGUAGGGCCGGUGCUCAGAUCUCCACCACGGCCAAAACGGCCCACUGGGCAUUUGCCCGAUAUGCCCGAUGGCCAGUACGGGCCUGGCCACUGUCACACGUAAUAUGUUGUAUUUUUUGUCUUUUUUUAUUAUACUCCAAAAUGUUUGUGCUUGCCUGUUUCCUCCUAUAUAUUUGCAUUGACUGACAUUUGUAACUUGUUACCAGUUGUCCUGCUUAUCUUGUUUGAUUCACAUUUAGUUCAGAUAUGGGAUCAGUUAGGAGAGAGAUACUGUAUAAAUCUGUAUUUAUUACUUCACUUUUCUCAUGGUGCUGUUUGAAGGUAAUUAUCGGUGAAUUGUACUGGAGGCUUUAUCUGACAUUAUCACUUGGCACUGUUAGCGGUACUCACAGUGUAUCUACAUGUCCCGCUGUCAGAAUACUACAGCCACACUAUUGAUGUGAGCACACAUGAUCACCGCUUGAAACUGUUUCCAUUAUGGGAGAUGAUCCAUUAUGGUAGAUGAUGUGCAGUCAUGAUGCUUCCCUGGACACAUGCUAUGAGGAGGGCACCCAGCAGUCCAGGGCAGCAGCAAACCAAAACAAAAAACAAAAAAAGUAGGGCAUCAUGGACCUAUUGCAGUGUGAAUGCCUAGAGCUUCAACUCCAAUAGCCCCUGCAUUAAUCUAUCCAAGGGCAGAAUGGAAAGGUUAGAACAAAAAGUCACAAGAAAAUUAAUUUGUGCUUCUGAAGCUACAGUGCACUCUGAACUGUGAAAUACCAUAUUGUUUUUAGGACUUCAUGAAAAAGUCUCAUAUAUCCCCUAAAUCACAGACUGUUGGUCGCCUUUUCAGUUCUACAACAUAUGAUAAAUUUUUUUCCCCAGCAACUGAUGUAAAAACUCUAUUCAUUUACUGGGCUGUAUGAAUAAAAUCACAUGACUUGCAAAUCCAAUAUUAUAUAGUUACUGCUAUCCCUAUAACUGUAUAUAUCCCAUCUUAGAUAUCUCAGUAAUUAUCUUCAGUUUCUAAAAGGCUACUUUUUUAGGCAGGAUGACAUGAUAUGUUGGUUCUCUCUGACUUAUGGCUCACUAACAAACUCACUGCUUACAAUGUACAAAGUCCUCAGAAUGUUCGCAAAGGAGCUCACCCUGCUGCUGUUUUUGUUACAAUGCUUAUUGGUCCAUGGGUGAUGCAGCAACUUUAAAUUGAAGUGUGACUACGGUGUUUUCAUUGCAGCAGUGGGAUAAAUAUAGGAAACGGUUAUUAAAUUUCAGACAUGAAAAAAUUUGAUCCUGCGGAUGUAGACUGUGCUUAGAUAAAGGAAAUCACAAGGGCAGGCGCCUUUAAAAUGGUCUUGUGAACAUUGUAAGGAUACAAGACAGAAUGCAGGACUGAAGCUUUGAUAUUUAUACACUGUACGGACAAAAGUAUUGGGACACACAUCUUAAUUGUUGAAUUCAGGUGAUUCAAUCAGACCCAUUGCCACGUGUAUAAUGUCAAAUAUUUCGCCAGAAUAGUCUGAAUUCAUAAACAUUUGUGAAAAAAAUGGGUCGUUCUGAAGAGCCCAGUGAAUUAUAGCAUGGUACUGUGACAGGAUGCCACCCAUAGGGGUGCGCAGCCUAUUGCAUUAGGGUGUGCACCCUAAAGCACAAGCACACACCGUGUGUAUAUGUAUGUAUGUAUGUAUGUGGGAAGGGGGCGGUCCGGUCCGCCCUGGGUGCCACCAGUUAGGGGGGUGCCUCCAGGUAGGGGGGUGCCUCUGGUUAAGGGGGUGCCUCCAGGUAGGGGGUGCCUCCAGGGCUGGCCAGGCUUGUGACUCUGUGAGCUGUGUGGUACAGAAGUACAGAAGUACUGCACAGAGAAUUGGGGGC